UACAGAUCUUCAGCGGUUCUCCCAACUUGAAGACAAUGACGUAACUCAGUAAUAUGACAUCAGAGGACACAUUUUGACAAAAUGUUGCGGGGUCUCAUCUUUUUGGCGGUGGUUCUUACGAUAAUAAUACCCGGUCGCUGCGCACACCGACAUGGCCACGACAUAUCUACUGAGGACCCCGAAUUGGCUGACACAUACCACGACAACACCACACACCAUGGAAAAGAUCGAGCAGGCUGGUCACAAUGGAGCGAAUGGUCACUCUGCUCCAGGACCUGUGAUGGUGGAGUGUCUCGGCAGCUGCGGACGUGUUCCUCCCCCGUAGGCUGUAGGGGGGAGCCCGUGCGGUACAAGAUAUGUAAUAUGCAGCCUUGUCGCGCAAACGUAUCCCUCCUAGAGGAGGACAUCUGGAGAGAACAGCAGUGCAGUGCCCACGAUAGCACUCCAUAUGGUGGCGAGUUGUUUCAUUGGCGAGCACAUAGAGAUGACGCAGAACCGUGUGCUUUGACGUGCAGGGGUACGCCACAGCAUUCUGGCUUGAAGCCUGAACCGACGGUGACCUUGGAUGACGAAGACCGCGUGGUGGUGGCUGUACUGGCACCCAGGGUGUCUGAUGGGACCCGCUGCAGACCAGGCAGCUUGGAUAUGUGCAUUGAUGGAAGAUGUCAGCGAGUAGGUUGCGAUCUCCGAGUGGGGUCUACACGUCGGGUCGACGAGUGUGGCGUGUGCGGCGGCGACGGUUCCUCCUGUUCCCGACCGAGAUACCAUUGGCUGUCUACACCAGGUUCCCUGUGUUCUGCUACGUGUGGUGGAGGUUACAAAAUGUCUCUAGCGGUAUGUCGAGACAGGUUAACAGGGUUGGAUGCGCCAGAACAGCUAUGUGAUGGUUCCAGCAAGCCAUCGUCUUCUGUAGUGCGGUGUAAUAUGCACCCGUGUCCUUUCAAGUGGUACGUUGGCGAAUGGUCGACUUGCAGCGUGACCUGUGGGGGCGGGGUUCGAACCCGGCGAGUUCUCUGCGCUAGAUCGGCGAACGUUACACGAACUGAUACUUAUGAUCCAGAAUCGAGUUCAGAGCCGGGAUGCGUCUCACCAGCUCCCCGGUCCACACAAGCAUGUAAUGAACAGGAAUGUCCGAGUUGGAUGGCCGGUCCAUGGUCUGGGUGCUCAGUAUCCUGUGGCGAAGGCAUUCAAGUUAGAGGUGUAGAAUGCACACCGGGUGGAGGGGUGUGCGAUCCGAACACACGUCCGGAGAUAUCCCGGGCUUGUUCUACGGGGAUCAGCUGUCCUGCUUAUAGGGAGGCGGAAGAUCCUGAGGACGACAUAGAAGACCUGCUCCCAGGCGUGGUGUACCACACGCAGCCGCUGAUCCAGCCGUACCCGCCGCCGCAAGCCAAGGCUGAACAGCUCAUCGGAGAACCAGACGUGCCGGUCGAAGCCACCAAUUUCAAAAUAUUCUUUGCGUGUGGCUGGUUGUAUGUAAGCUACAUCAAAGAUGACGAUUGGGGACCUUGUAGCGUCACUUGCGGUGAAGGUUGGAGGAAAAAGGAAGUGCAUUGCAAGAUCUUUCUAGAAUUCAGUAGAACGAUAGCUAAACUACCAGAUAGUAAGUGCAUGGGUCCUAAACCCACUGAAGAAACCCAAAGAUGUGUGAUGGAGCCUUGUUCGAUGGCGUAUGGAACUUCGUUCGGUGAUUCCAGUGCACCGUCUUAUGGAGGCGACAGGUCACUAAUAUUCGGUACAUCGAGUAACAUCAGAGUGGCGCCGGGGUCGCCCGGGAAGUCUUAUUCCUGGAAAGAGAAGGGAUACACAAGCUGUAGUGCGUCUUGUUUAAGUGGUGUUCAGGAACUAAUAAUCCAGUGUGUAAGAGACGAAGACGGUAAGAACGCGUCACCCUACAUGUGCGAUCCACUCACUAAACCAGAGAACAGAGUGAGAACAUGUAACGACCAUCCCUGUCCUCCCAGAUGGAACUACACUGAAUUCUCGCAAUGCACAAAGUCCUGUGGUAUCGGAAUACAAACAAGAGAAGUCACCUGCAUACAUGAGGUAACACGCGGUGGUACGAACACAGUGGUAGUACCAAACAGCAUGUGCCCCCAGCCGCCCCCGCCGGACCGGCAGUACUGCAACGUGCUCGACUGUCCAGUGAGGUGGCACUCGGGGGACUGGUCCAAGUGCUCUAAGACUUGUGGUGGUGGUGUGAAGCAGAGAGAGGUGAUAUGUAAACAAGUGAUGGCCCAAUCCCACGUGGUGGAACGACCGCCAUCACAAUGCAAUUCACCACGACCAGCGUCCACCAAGUCUUGUAAUAGCAGACCAUGUUUAUUGGAUACGUCUGCACCAGAAAUAUCACUGGCUAAUUCAUCGUAUAUACAACAUGAUCCGAAGAAGAAAAAGGUAACUGUGAAGGUUGGCGGGUCUGCAACAAUAUUCUAUGGCACACAAGUAAAGAUAAAAUGUCCAGUGAAAGGGUACAAUAGAACGAAAAUCCAAUGGGCAAAGGAUAGUCAGAUAAUUUCUAAGUCGAAGAAAUAUAAAAUAUCAAAAAAGGGAGCGCUCCGUAUAACAUCUCUAUCCCUACGUGAUCAUGGCGUCUAUACCUGCGUGGCUGGAAGGUCCAGCGCCAAUCUGACCUUGCUUGUGAAGCCGAGACCUGGAGAGUUUCCAUCUAGCGAAGAGAUCGAGAGGCACAAGGCUUUGGAUGAACCGUCUUCGCCGUUGCAGGAUCGAGCGGACGGUAGAUACAGAGCAAUGAUUGGAGGCAGAUCAGAUGAUCAGUCACACGAGCAGAGACCUGGUGACCAGAAGAAAAACUAUAAGGGUAAACAGAAAGGCAAAGUGGACAAAGUACGCGACGCUUUAUACGGCAGUGGGACCACGAGUACAAAACCGGCGCCCAGUUACAACUCUCAAGCUAGGGACAUAUAUGAUGAGAAUGAGGAGAGUGCUAUAUCAUCUCAGAUGCUACCACCCAAUAGAAACGGAGGCUCCCGUCUAUUGCCGUGCCUACAUUACCUUAUAAUGCAAAUACAGAUGUUCUGGAAUUUUCAGACGUUGGGCAAUUCGAGAGGACAAAGAAUGGUUGAUCCGGUGAUCAUGUAUCAAAACUAUGGACCACCAAAAUCAGAAGUGAUUAAUCUAGAGAACAAGCAAAUUGUUUUCCCAAUGGAUGAUGAUUCGGAUAUAAUAAUAGUCAAUGAAGACUAUAACCGGAAUACAAUUGAAGAAGAAUAUGGUAAAUCUAAAGCAGAUGCUGAUUUAGUUGAAUCCACAACAGCAAUAGAAAAAUCUACACCAGCAGAUGCACACGAGUAUGUGUGGAUGACUACAGAUUGGUCACCUUGCAAUGCUGCGUGUGGUCAGACCGGUCAUGAAGUCCGAGGGGCUGCCUGUCAGCACAAGAGGAAUAACAACACAACAACAGUAGAAACAGAAGAAUGUCUCAAGAGGAUAGCAUCACAGCCGACUGUAGUCCGAGAGUGUGUUGGCAAGAAUUGCUCUAAUUGGAGUACCACGCCUUGGUCGCCUGUUAGAUGCUUACCGACAGGAGCUGCAAUAACCCGUCGUCGAGUAGAAUGCGUUGCUGAAAACGGAACGAUACUACCAGAAACUGCGUGUUCUUUCGCACAUCGUCCUGAGAAGACGCGCAAAGAAAAACAAAAGUGCAAACCCGUUUGGAUCGUGGGCCCCUGGAGUAAGUGUAUAGGCGACUGCGGUCAAAAAGGCAGACAGCACCGGGUGCUACGAUGUGUAUGGCGGUUCCCGGACAUACGGAGACGAGCGAAGCGCGAAAGAGCCGCGGCCCUAUGUAACUCAAAGAGACCUGAUGUUACUAGGAACUGUGUAACGAAUUGUUUUAAUGAUGGGGUAUGCAAAGAUACGUCCCGGUACUGUGAAAACGUACGGGCCAUGAACAUGUGCGCCGUGAGACGCUACAAAGAGCACUGUUGCAAAACAUGCGACGAUUGACUUUAUAUACCGCGAACAGACUGUCAAUUUGUGUAAUUCCAAAUUCAAAAUGUGAGCUCAUUUAUUGUAUUCGAUAUAGUUUUUAAAUUUCAAACAUACGUGUGUUUAUGGUGAGUAUUGCACACCAAAGGCGGCAUUAUAAUAUAUCAUAAUAUAGUCUUUGUGCUGAAAGCGCUUUAUUUGGAAUUAAUAAAAUUAUAAGCUAAAAUUUAACAUUAUUUUUAAGCUAUUACCUGUGUUCAAAUUACUCUACUGUCUUUGGUGUACAUGCAUAAUUUAUUUACUACUCUAGUAUUGUUUAUGGCCAGUGUUUGAUUAAUGGAUUAGUUUUUAAAAUGUUUUCCCCGGCAGAAUUCUUUUUUUAAUCUGUCACUUGACUGCAAAUAAAUUUGACAGAUCAUCGUAUGUUUGCCGUGAAUGUUUUUGUGGAUUAGUUGGUACGUAUUUAUAUUUAUUCUGCCUGGGAGAACUGAUUGUUAGUUUAAAUAAGAUCCCCAUAAUGGAUGUGAGCACAAAAUACCUUGUAGCUCUAGUUGUGAAGCACGUAUGCUGAAGGAAUUCUGUGCGGACGCUUUAAAAAUUCUUAAAAUACAGAUAAGAUAUUUCAAAGAGCAGGUUUACUUUUUUUUCUUUGUGUUCAGUGCCUCGUUACCAUAAAGAAGAAAUGCAGAAAUUUUUCUUCUUUCUGGCAACACUCAACCGAUUUCCACAUUUUAUGUUUUAUCAUUUCUCAGAUUGCAAGAAACUGUUGUUCUGUUUUUUGAAAUAUCCUAUUUAUUCAAAUGUAAAUUGUUCCAAAUAUAGUUCGAUUAAUUAAAAUAUAAGUAGUAAACAAAAUAUUUAGACAAAAAAAAUGUUUUGUACUAUAUACCUAUUUAGUAUGUAAAUAUAAGCACUUAUGCUACGCUUAGUAUUAAUAAUAUAAAUUGCACAAAAGAUAUAGAUAUGCAAUAAAUGUAUAGAAAAUUUAGAAAAUUUGCCAAAUCGUAAGCGACGUGUUUGAAAAAUACAGUCGCGUUGAGAUGUUCUAUUAAAUAUUGUCAAUUUAGCAAAGUGUGUGUCGGGUGCGAGAGUAUAAUUAAGAGACAUGCCGACUCGAAGAAAACUAUUUAAAUUUUAGAAAUUAUGUAGAUUUUUUGUAAUGUUUGCUUUAUCGUGGUAUAUAUUGAUUUUUACCGAGAUUUUUUAGUGUUAACUUACGUGUAGGUAUUUCAAUUAAUACCAAGUGUAUUUUAUUUGAAAUUUAGCUUAUUACAAUGACUUCAUAUAAUUUUAAUUUGUAAUAAACGAUGUAUACAAGUAUAUUUUAUAAUAUUUUGAUUUAGAUUUUAGAUGAUGAGACAGUCAAUUUAAAAUAUUGCUAAAUUACGCGAUAAGCCAAACGUUACAGCAUUUCUACGCGAUUAUAUUAGAAAAUUAUGAAAUGUAUAUUAAAAUAAUGUAUACUUACUAAAUGAAGAAAGCAAUAUAGUCGCUUAUGUAUGUAAAUAAUUGUUUACCUGUUCCAGGAAUGGGAGUUUGAUUUCUGUCCAUUUAGCUAGUGAAUUCAUUAAUCAUAGACAACUCGGGUGUCAGUGUUCUUCAACCUUUCAAAUUUUAUAAUUAACUAGCGGUCCGCCCCGGCUUCGCCCGUGGUACAUAUUUACGUUUUCUCUACAUAAGAACCAUCCUCGUACUUCAAGGAAUAUA